GAGGGCAACAUAGAGUUCGGAUGUUAGGUUAGCUUCAAGUUUAUGAAGCAAUAUCUAGAGUAUCAUUGUUUUUAAAAGUUUGUAUGACAAUUAUUUUCAGUUAUUUUAUCGUGUACGGGAAAACGCAUCGUCAUUAAUUAUUUCACAUAAAUGAUACGUUGCACGACUCUACGUGGAGACGUUAUGAGUGAGGACAGAGAUUGAUCAAGCGCACAUUGUGUACUGUAAAUUUACGGAUUGUGUGUCGCAGUCACAUUUUGCCUUUACAUCGCUAUUUUUCGUAUUAUGAAGAGACGUCAAAGAAGACCGGUUCUGACGUUCAACAAGCCGCAAGGCAAUUAUCAUGGCGAGCACUCGCAAAGCAAAUGUAAGUCGAUAAAUAAUGUACAACUUGCGCAAAAUGAAGCCAAUAAUCCAUUGGCUAAUAUGUUGUGCCAGUACAACUCUGACAGCGACACAGAAGAUCCCAAAAAAGAUACACAAAAAUUGGACGAUCAAGUCAAUGAUUUCCUUAAGGAAAUUCAACUCAUUGCACCUGAGCAACCUGUACCAAACAUUGCUAAUGAACAAGGUUUAGCUACUAAAGCAGUUCCACGAUCUGUACGUCAUACAAAUCAACGAACAUUGUGGCAAGAAUGCUAUGAUGAAUCUACUGGUUAUCCUUACUAUUGGCAUAUCGAAACUAAUGAGGUGACAUGGGACAUGCCAGAGGAAUUACGCUUAUUACAAAAACAAUCGGAAGUAGGACCCGGAACAAAACAUCCCGUUCAGGGACCACACUGGGUUGAUUUUUCAUCUAUUAAAUAUCGGCAAUCCCAAACAAAUAUACCGGAAGGUAUGAUACCACAGGAAGUAGUAGCAAGAAAUCGCAACAGAUUCUUGCACAAUGAAACUUCUAAAAAAUGUAAUUCGGAAAGCACACCGGAACUCAACAACGAGUCUCCGACGAAGGACGAUGAUUCAGACGAUGGACGGAUAGAAAUGAUAACAUCUUUCGGUAGCGAUGGAAGUGAUUCGGAGGAUGAGAAUAAUUCCUCAGAUGAAAAUAAGAUCUCAACGCCUUUAUCUGAAUCUGGAAAGUCCAAUUCAAUAUCAUAUGCAAAAAGCGGCGAAAUUGGACCUGCUUUCUGUCCAACGGGAAUACAAUCACCUAUUAAAAAUUUGUUUCAUUCAUAUAAAUCUGAUUCGAUAGAUAUAUCAAAUUCUGCAAGUCAUCUUGAACAACUUGACGAGCGUGAAAUAACUGAAUUUGACAGCAAGACUAGUGUAGUUCAAAGCGAAAAAGAGUUCCUCAUGGAAAACAAAAAUCGGAAGGAUAUUAAUAUACAUAACACAAUUCCAAAAUUAGGUCUUCACGUGUCUUUAGUACCUGGUUAUGGCGAUGAUUCAGAUGGAGAAGAGGAAGUUAGGCCCAAACAAGAGACAAAGCCUUUGUUUCCGAUUGCGCAGAAUGAAGAAUACGUAAAUGUAAUAAACUUGUUAAAAAAUACCCAUGAUGUUCCCGCAAAAAAUUCUGGCAAUGUACAAGCUUCCGAUCAGUGCAGUGACAAUAAUGAAGAUACUCAAGAGACAAAAAAUGAUAAUGAAAGAAUGGAGGAGAAGGAAUCAAAGCCGGACGAAGAUAAAUCCAAGACAAAUAUAUUUUUGGAAGAUAUGCAAGUGUGCGGCAAGGCUUUUCAAAGAAAGAAGCGGAUAGCAUUUGAUGUUACAUCCACUAAAGUUAAACAAAGUAAUAAUACAUAUCAGGAAAAUAUAAUUCGAGAUGAUAACAGCAGUGAUCUUAUGAGUAGUGAAACUAUUUCACGCAAUGCCGAGGAUGGUGACGCGGGUAUCGAUAAUCAGUUUUGUGCAGAAAACCAAAGAGAAUGCGAUGAAGCGCAUAAGGAAAUAGAACAGUGCAUUAGUAUUAAGACUGAAGAAAAGAUCAGUUCGAAAGACGAAGUAUGCGACUCAGAAGUACCUGCAGAACACAAAACAAUAUCGAAUGUUGUUGGGGAAAAGGCCAACGAGGAGCUGAAUAACUUGUCUCAGAUUAUAACGGAGAAAUUGAAGUUUCUUUCUGAAGGAAGAGAGAGUGUCUCUGCUGUUCAAACAAUGCAAAUUCAACUACAAACAUUAUCUACUGCAUGGACGGCAAGCAGCUUAGAGGACAGUUACUUUCAAAAAUGGCUAACUAAUACAAAUCAUGAAUUGGAAAGACUAGAGCAAGAUGCAGCACCAGCUGGUUGGCUAUGUCAAUGGGAUAGGUCACAUAAGCGGUAUUACUAUCACAAUACAUCCACUGGGACAUUACAGUGGACUUAUCCUGACACCGGUAUUGCCGGUGGUACUGAAGAGAUGGAAUUAUGCACUACUCCGCCACCAGAAUCAGAAGAAUUAUUAGUCACAGAAUCACCUGGGAUAAAAAAAAUUAAGGAGAAGCAAACUGAAGAGAUGGAUGAUAAUAAAGCAGAUGAAGAAAAUAUAACAGAUAGACGUCCUGUAACUUUGGAAGCACCACCUCCACCACAGAUAUCUAAUCCGAGUCCACCACCGCCUCCGAGAAUAUUCGCGGAAGAUCUAAAGAAGGACAAGAGGAAAAGGGACAAGUCCGACGAUAAAUUUUUGGACGCAAAGAGGAAGCGUUUAGGAAAAGACAGAAUAAUUACUACGGACACACAGGUGAUCAGUCCUGUCUUAGAAUCUUUACCCUACGCGCAUCCACAGGUAGCUGUGUCAUCUCAAACUUCAAUACCUCUGAAUCACACAAAUAUGGAACCUCUGCCACCUGGAGUGGACUUGCCGGAGACAUCUUACGAAGCUGCUACCUUGAAAGGGAUAAUAUAUAAUGCGGCAUCGCAACCAAGUAAUGCGAUUUACGCGCCUUCGAUUGCUGAUCCAACAAUACCUAUUCUAAGCCAUCAGGCGGGUCUGCUCCAGGAACCAUUUGUUCAUUAUCCAACCUUUCAUCAACAUUUGCAUAACCAGACAAUUGCAGUUGCAAACAAACACAGUGGACAGAGUGCAAUUCAGUUCAUGGUCGGAUAUGCGCCGAUUUAUACAAACAACAAAAUCAUCGCCAAACCGCCAGUCAAGGCCUCGAAGGAAUCUUUGGGGUCUGCGCUUGAUUCCUUUUACAACGAUAUUGCGCGUAUUGAGAAGACGGAAACAGAACGAACAGGACAACUUCAGGAUAUCGCUGCCACGAUAACGGAGCAAGUAUCUAUCUCGACCGAAGAAGUGAAGCCGGAAAUGGAAAUGGAAAAUGUGCCAAGCGAUAUAACAAUGAAGGAACGGAAGAAAAAAAAGGCGAGGAUUAGCAACAGCAAAAAACACAAGGAGAUGUCGAGCAUGGUGGCAAAGUGGCAAAGGGUACAAAAGAAUCUAGAAGACACUGUAUAAAUAAUAGAGAAAGCGAUUUAAAUAAAAUAAUUAAUAACUAUACGA